UUGGAUGACUCAAAAAAGGCGAAACAGUUAACUGUUGAAAAAGUAUCAAAUAUGACCAAAUUAUAUUCUUACUAUGUAACGAAUGCAUAUGAAGAAUUAAAUUAUGUCAAACAUGAAUUAAAUAAAGAUGAAUUCGAACAAACAAUAAAAAAUUAUACUUCUACAAUUAUAUCAGAUGACAAUAUGUUUAAUAAAAGUAUUGAAAGCGAGAAAGAAGAUAAUGAAUUAGAAGAUAAUAAUAUUAUAGAUUUAACAGAUAUUAAUAACAAAAAUUUAGAAAUUAGAAGUAUUAUUAAUAUAGAUUUUGCUUUAAGUGAAAAUGACUCAAAUACUGUGAUAAAUCAAGAAAUUAUUGAUCAUG